AUGGCCAAGCUGGGUGCCGUGGCCAGGGGGUACCAGGCUUCGGGGGGUGCCCUGGCCAAGGGGGAUGAGAUCCUGCCCCCAGACCCGUCCCUGGGCUUCCAGCACCUUCAGGUGCGCCAGGCAGUCAUUGAUGCUGCAGAUGUCCCUCUCCAGGCGCACUGUGAGCAGGUGUGCCUGCUCCGCUGCACCCUGCUGUCGUCCCUCCUCCUCCUCCUGGUCUGCAGCAUCCAUGAGACGGAGCAGAACAGCUACUGCCAGCAGAUCAUCACGGAGAAGCACCUGGCCGAGCUGGAGGAGCUGGUGUGCCUGCUCCGCUGCACCCUGCUGUCGUCCCUCCUCCUCCUCCUGGUCUGCAGCAUCCAUGAGACGGAGCAGAACAGCUACUGCCAGCAGAUCAUCACGGAGAAGCACCUGGCCGAGCUGGAGGAGCUGGCUGACACCCAGAUGCAGCACCCAGGCAGGGUCUCCUUCAAGUUCAUCAAUAAGAUGCAGUUGAACGAUUCCGUCUGCUACGUGAAAGCCGCUUUUCCUCUGCUGGGCAAGAUCCUGGAGCGAACCGAGUUCAAGGAGAACUCGUCCAACGCCAAGAAGAUGCAGAUGGUGCGCAGCAUGUACAGCCGCAUCGACGAGAACGUCGACCCCUGCAUCAAGGAGGAGGAUGAUGAGGAGAGAAAGCUCUCGCAAAUGUGCUUCGAGGAGUUCACCACCUCCCCCUACGAGAUGCUGGUGCUGGUGAAGCAAUUCUUCCAGGACAUCAACCAGCUGCUGCAGAACCAGGAGACCUUCGAGAAGGACUGCAGCCAGGUCUACGGCAGGACCUGCUUGGGACCCAAGAAGGCCGGAUCCUCACCAGGUGUGGGGACAGAUCCUGACUGCAAUUGCCUGUCCCCUGCCCUCCCUUCUGCCACCCAGCCCUCCCUCUCUGCUGCCACCCAUGCCGGCAGGGAGGUGGCACCCGCUAGCACCCGGGUCCCUUACAGCCUCCUCCAUGCCACCCUCACUGACUUAGAUGCCCUGUCUCAGCCCCCCAGUAGCACAGACGGUGGCUCGGGGACUGAGGAGGUCCUGGGUGCCGGGGUAGGUGACACGGCAUCGGUGCUGUCCCCCGCGAUGCAGCAGACAGCUCCAGCCGACAGUGCCGAAGCCCUCCUGGAUCCGGCCGGGACCCUUAGCCUGGCGGCGGUGGACGUCCCCAUCCUGUGUGGGGAUGGAGAGCUGGUGGAGGGGAGCACCGAAGCGGCGGUGGGCGGCCACCCGCCGCAGGAUCCGGCCCAGCAAGAGGGAGCCUCCAUCCUCCCAGACCAUCCUGGCGGGCUCAGGACCACCACGCCGGCAGCAUCCCCCAGCACCGGCUCGGCAGGCGGCGGAGCCAGGAUCCGUCCCACCGAGGCAUCCGAGCCCGUCACGCAGCUCCGUUUCUCCAGGAUGGCCCCAGGGAUGCGGGGCCGAGUGCCGGGCGGCCCCGGGGACGGGGCGAGGGUGCAAGGCUGGGGGCUGAGCCGGCUGCGGGAGCCCGAGGACGGCAGGGCCGGCCCCAGCUUUGACUCUGGCUUUGUUCUGAUCGCAGAGCGGCGCAGGAAGGAGCCGGGCCCGAGGCGGGAUGUGAAGCUGCUCGGGGGACGGAUUCGGAUGCUCCUCGCCGUGCGAAGGAGCGUUGGCACGCGCCGGCCCCUCCGCAGUCCUGCCAUGAUGCUGACACUCCCUCUUCCCUCGCCCCACGCCGGCGGCCAGAGACUGCAAAAACCUCCCUGGCAGGGACGAAAGGAUGCGCCCUGA